CCAAUGUCAAGUGCUCAAAGGGUAGAGGAAGGCAUAAGAAUGCGACCCCCGCUUCGUGCCGACAAGAAAAAUAAUGGUCCAAAGAGGACCAAAAAAGGCGAACGUCACUCUGCUGAGGAAGCGGCCUUGCUGGGUAGCAACAGAGGCAAGAAAAAGGCAGCCAGUGCCAAAAAACAGAGGCGAUAAUGCCACACGCUACCCUAAGCAACAAUAGAAGGCAACUCGGAUGCCUUCAAUUAAACCUCCACCAUGCAAAGGCUGCCUCGGCUGAACUAGCAAGGAGGUUUAACAAACAAAACUUGGAUAUAGCUCUAAUCCAAGAACCGUGGGUACGUGACAGAGUCAUUGAGGGACUCCAAGAUGUUAAUGUUCACUACCACCGAUCUCGUUGCGAUCUGGACCAAGGUGCCAACAGACAAAGGCGAGCACGAGGUAAUCAUUGCCUCUGCCUACCUUCCAGGAGAUGAGGAAACUGCUCCAACAAGGGAACUUGUAGCCCUAGUCAACUACUGCAAGGAGAACCACCUACGCUGGAUAAUAGGAUGUGAUGCGAAUGCCCAUCAUACGAUAUGGGGCAGCACAAACAUCAAUGCGAGAGGUGAGUGCCUUCUUGAAUUCUUACUUAGAUAUAAUGUAUCAAUAGUAAACCGAGGCAAUGAACCAACAUUUAGGAAUGCAAUAAGGGAGGAAGUACUUGAUCUUACCCUAUGCAGUCCAAAUGUACUAUCAGAAGUCUCAAAUUGGCAUGUGUCCGGGGAAGCAUCAAUGUCGGACCACAGUCUUAUCAGCUUGGAAGAUAAGGCGAAUUACGACAAUGAAAUUGAAUACCAUGUAACAGUUUAA